ACACCAACACCGACCCCUUGCCCCCUUCCUCGCUCUUUCUCUCCUUUUUCUUCCAUUUUUCUUCUCUAUCUCUCUUUAUAAUCUUCCAUCUGCACUCUUCACAACUUCAGGGCUCAACCUCGAAGAUCAAGCUCUCUUCUUUAACACAUUGAGCCCUUUUCUCUCGAGUCCCCUCAUCUCCUUUCCUCCCUUCCCAAACGAAAGAAAGAACACCAAACAAAAAAUUCUACCGAAACCAAAACCAAAGACAAAAAGAAAACAAGUUUUAAGAAAUGGCUAUACCACCAGACACAAGCAAAACCGUGAAACUAGAGAGAUACAAUAGCUAUCUCCGAAAAAUUCACAGCACAAAACUGCUAAAUGCUUCUUCUAAACUUCUCUUCCGAGUAACCCUUCUAAUUGCUUUAGUCUUAAUCCUCUUCUUUACCAUCAAUUACCCUCCUCUUUCCGAUAAUCCCCACCAUGUCCCGCCUCACCAACAUCACCACCGCCACUACAGCUUUCUCUCUACUUCUCUUUUCUCCACCACCUCCCCCGGCGGCGCCGCCUGGGAGAAACAAGUUCGUCACUCUUCCACCCCACGUAGACCCAAUGGGUUCUCUGUUUUAGUCACGGGCGCCGCCGGGUUCAUUGGUUCCCACUGCUCCCUCGCUUUGAAAAAACGAGGCGAUGGGGUUCUUGGUUUAGACAACUUUAACAACUACUACGAUCCUUCUUUGAAAAGAGCCAGGCAAAACCUUUUAGCCAAGCGCCAAAUUUUCAUUGUCGAAGGUGAUUUGAAUGAUGCACCCUUGUUAACCAAACUCUUCGAUGUCGUACCUUUCACUCAUGUACUUCACUUAGCAGCUCAGGCCGGGGUACGUUACGCCAUGCAAAACCCACAAUCGUACGUGAGCUCGAACAUUGCAGGGUUUGUUAACCUGCUUGAGGUAGCCAAAGUAGCCAAUCCUCAGCCAUCCAUUGUUUGGGCCUCUUCAAGCUCCGUUUAUGGACUCAACACUGAAAAUCCAUUCUCCGAACGAGACAGGACAGACCAGCCAGCUAGCCUUUACGCUGCUACCAAGAAAGCAGGAGAAGAAAUUGCCCACACUUACAACCAUAUUUACGGUCUUGCCCUUACGGGACUACGAUUCUUCACUGUUUAUGGUCCCUGGGGAAGACCUGACAUGGCUUAUUUCUUCUUCACUAAAGAUAUUCUACAAGGUAAAUCCAUUGACAUUUACCAGACGCAUGAUCAAAAAGAGGUGGCGCGUGACUUCACAUACAUUGACGACGUCGUGAAAGGGUGUCUAGGGGCAUUGGACACGGCUGAGAAGAGUACCGGAAGUGGUGGCAAGAAGAAAGGUGCAGCUCAAUUGAGAGUUUACAACUUGGGGAACACCUCUCCGGUCCCUGUUGGUAGAUUGGUUUCAAUCCUGGAAGGAUUGCUAAACACCAAGGCCAAAAAACAUGUGAUCACAAUGCCUAGAAAUGGGGAUGUGCCCUUCACACAUGCCAAUGUGACCUUAGCCUAUAAGGAUUUUGCUUACAAACCCACCACAGAUUUGGCCACGGGGUUGAGGAAAUUUGUAAAAUGGUAUGUUAGUUAUUUUGGAAUUCAGGCGAGGGUAAAAAAGGAAACUCAGCAUACUGAUGAACCCAAUUAGAAGAUUGAUCUUCAUCAUCAUUCACAUGGUUGGCCUUUUUUUCCUCUCCAUCCCUUCAAUUUCUUUCUAUUUUCCUUUUUGUUUUUUUGUUAAUUGAAUUCUGUCCUUCUUUUGAAGUUACUGUUGUGGUCCUAUGAAGUAAAAAGGGUCAAACUGUUGCAGUUCAUGUAGCACACAGAUUUAGAUUUGAUGAUAUAGAAAAUGAUAAAUGUGAAAAAAAAUAAAAAAGACAAUUAAGAAAAUGAGAGGUGUAGAUCUUUGGAGAUGAGGUGGAAUAAUGUGGUAAGGUCUGCUAAAAGAGAGCAGAUCUUCACCGUUGAUUUUCAUAUAAAAAGAAAAAAAUUGUGGUUGAACAACAAUGAUGAUUGAUGACAACAAGACUCUUUUAUAUGCAUUUUUUUUUUA